CUUCUUCACGAAAAACGAAUACUAAUAGAAUAGUGGCGCGCUCUACCGGCGAAUGUUCUGUUCCCUGGACCGAGAUCACGAAACAAAUAUCAUUCGUUUAACCGUACUGUGCUGUCACUAUUGGCUAAAAUUUGAAUUAACCUUGCAAUGUUUUCGUUUGUUUGUUUGUUUUUCGUUUGUGCGACGAAGGUAGACUGAUGUAAACAAAUUUGUACUUUUGAACAAGCUGUUAAAAACAAUGCCGGAUACAACAAAUAUGGACCAGGAGACUGCAAAAUCACUCUUCAUUGAAGGAGGUACUUUUAUCUUUUUAAAUGUACCAGAAGGAACAGAAUUCGGCAUCGACAUGAAGUCCUGGAAUACCGGCGAACGUUUUCGCGGUGUUAAGAUGAUUCCUCCCGGUUUGCACUAUAUAUUCUAUAGUAAUGUUGAUAAAUUGGGAGACACCGCGCCUCGGAUUGGUUUCUUUCACUACUUUCACAAAGGAGAAGUCUUGGUUAAAAAAUGGGACAAGGAAACAGAGGAUAUUAGUCUUGAUCAAGUGUCUGAGCAUGAAGUAGCAGGUCUUACAAAUUCAUUAUUUGCAUUGGAUAAGUUCCUAGGACCAUAUCCUUAUGAUAUAUUGGAGAAGUGGGAAUCUUUAACAUCACACCUUACAGUUGAAUUGACCAAAGUCUUAAUACCAGAAUCAGGCAAAGUAAGAUCUGCUCUGGAAUUAAUCUCCAAAGAAAUAGACAAAAGUAUAGGGAAUGUUGGAGAUGGGCCAUCAACCAGCAAACAUUGUAAAAGAGGCAGGAUAAACUCGCAAGAGGACAAAGAAGAUGAUUUACUUCCUGAUUUAAUACCUGUGAGUGGUACUGAGCUAAGAGUGACCAAACUGCCUGAAAGGGGAUAUCCAGAGGGUGCUACUGCUGCCGAAAUUACUCAACAUCAUCUUGAUUCUAGUUAUGUUUUGGAAGUCAUGGUAAAAAGUUAUAAAAAUCAAAAUGAUUUCAUUGGAGAGUUGCAAUUCUGUUACGUUUGUUUCCUUGUCGGGCACAGUUUGGAGGCAUUCGAGCACUGGAAGAAACUCAUCGGUCUACUAUGUUCAUGUGAGACGGGCAUCAAGAAAUUCCGCGGUGUUUACGACGCUUUUAUCACUGUUCUCGAGGUGCAAAUACAGGAAAUUCCCGAGGAGUUUCUUGCUGACAUUGUGUCGAACAAUAACUAUGUGUAUGCAAAGCUUAGAAAUUUCUUUAGAGCGGUGAUUGAAAGUGAUGUGGACGGGCGACUGAAAUCAAAAGCUGAAAGAUUCAAAAAGAAGUUAUCAGAGUUGUACACAUGGGAUUUCAGUCAUUUGAUGUCUGAAGAUGAGGAUGAUGCACCUGUUGUUGUUGAACUGGACGAGGUAAAUAUGGUCUAGUUCCUAUAAAAUAUAAAAAGAAUUUGAAA